AAGAGGAGGAAGACAAUGGGUCGAGGGCGGAUUGAGAUAAAGAAGAUCGAAAAUGUGAGUAGCCGGCAAGUAACAUUUUCGAAACGUCGAGCUGGGCUUAUGAAGAAAGCGAAAGAAUUGGCGAUCUUGUGUGAUGCAGAGGUGGGCGUUAUUAUUUUUUCCAGUACAGGAAAACUCUAUGGGUUCGCUAGUUCACGGUUGCAAAAUAUCAUCUCAAGGUACGAAAGGAAUUCAGAUUGCUUAGAUAAUCCAACAUCGGAAAAACAGCAUGAAGUAGACCCCGAGUUAGAAGCUUUAAAGGCUGAAAUCGUGAAGCUACGCAAAGGGCAGAGGCUGAUGAUAGGAAAGGAGUUGGAAGGGUUGAGCUACAAGGAGCUCGAACACUUGGAGCGUCAGCUCCAUGAUGGCAUGUUAGCUGUUAAGAACCGAAAGGACAUGGCAUUGUUGGAAGAGAUUGAACAAACGAAAUUACGGGAGCAAAAGACUAUGCAAGAAAACGAGGCAUUGAAAAAACAGAUUACAGAGCAUUUAAACAAAUCAACAACAAACCCUGAAAUCCGUCUGGUAGGACGAAAGAGUCCUUUUAUAAGUCCAAGCCCGGUUGCAUAUCUAAGGUCGGAUAAUGGAGAUGUCGGUAUUUCUUUGCAUUUAGGGUUAUCACCACGGGAAGAUCACCCGAAGAAAAAAGUCCCAAAAAUAGAGUUCGAUCCUUGAGUUUUGAAGAGUUUAAGGAAACC